AUGUACAAUCGUUCAGAAUUAAUAGAACCUCUUGAUACAAACAAAUUAUAUAUAUAUGAUGCGAUAGAUUCAACAACAUUCAACCAAAAAUAUAUAUUAUCAUUACUAACAGUCUGUUUAGAUAGAACCAAAUUUACAAUAAAUGUAUCAAUAGAUUCAGUUUUUUUUGAUAUCAAGUUAUAUUCAGAAGAUGAUUUAAAAAAAUAUGAUAAUGAAUUUGAAUCAGAAAGUUAUGAAAAAAUAUAUAGACAACCAUUCGAUUCAACAGAAAAAUUCACAUUUUUACGAUUAUAUUACAACACUUUAAAAAAAAAAAGGGAAGCAUUGAAAAAGAUUGAAACUAAAAGAGAAGAAAUUCUACUCGAAAGAAUAGAAGAAUUUGAUAGAUACUAUGACACAUAUUCAGACAAUCAAACAUGCUAUUACAGAACAGUUGCAUAUAAGAAUGAUUUCGAAUUAGUUAAAUGA